GAUAAACCAAAACCCAGACCUGGAGACCUGAUUGAAAUUUUUCGGAUUGGCUAUGAGCACUGGGCCAUCUAUGUGGAAGACGAUUGUGUGGUUCAUCUGGCUCCCCCAAGUGAGGAAUUUGAGGCUGGCAGCAUCACUUCUGUCUUCAGCAACCGGGCAGUGGUGAAAUACAGUCGUCUGGAGGACGUGCUGCACGGCUGCUCCUGGAAGGUCAACAACAAGCUGGAUGGGACGUACCUGCCCCUGCCUGUGGACAAGAUCAUCCAGCGGACAAAGAAGAUGAUCAACAAGAUUGUGCAGUACAGCCUGAUCGAGGGGAACUGCGAGCACUUUGUCAACGACCUGAGAUACGGCGUGCCCAGGAGCCAGCAGGUGGAGCAUGUGCUGAUGGAGGGAGCAAAGGCGGCAGGGGCGGUGCUCUCAGCCGUGAUGGACAGCAUAAGACCCAAACCAGCGACAGCCUGA